UCAGAGACUCUGACAGUUCAGUGUGAAAGCCAGAGACAGAGAACAACAAUGAUUACAUUCAGAUGGAUUUACAUGUUUUUAUUUCUGAUUCUGGUGCUUCGUUUUACAGUAACUGUACAGAAUCCAACCCCGUAUGCUGCCAGAGUCGGAGUUGCUGUCUCGCUUCCUUGUAAAGGUUUGAGAGAUUAUCAGUGCAGCAGUAUUACCUGGAUCUUCAGUCACUCUGGCAGAUCAAUAACGCUGCAUGAACAUGGAAAGAUUCUUGAAGCUAAAUCAGGGCAGCUGAGUGUUGGAUCUAACUGUUCUCUGAAUAUAAAGAUGGUCACACUUGAGGAUGCUGGUCGUUACACCUGCAGACAGUUCAGAUCAGGACAGCAACACGGUGAAGACACUGUGUAUGACAUCUCUGUUGUUAAUGGUGAGGACACAAUCACAGCAACACCUAAACAAAUGACAAUUAAAACAACUAAAGCACCAACAACAAUGACAAAAACCACAACAGCCUGGACGCACACAACAGCAACUGCAGUCAACUGUCCAACAGCAAAACAAGACUGGUGGUUGAGGCUCACCAUUGUGUCUGUGGGUUUAGCUGCACUCAUAAUAAUUGUUGUGGCCGUCAACAUGUGGAUGAGAAAUAAAGAGAAGAAGACACAGAUGGAAGAAAUCGCUGUGCGUUAUGAUGAAGAUGAUGGUACAGUGAACUAUGAAAACAUCACACCCUCUGAUAGAGUUUGA